UACACGUGUGUUGGAGGCCACUCCGCCCAUUUUAAGUGCGCAUGCACCAACUUCACGUUUCUUUCUGUGCCGUCCAUUGAAGCUGCCAAUAUGGCCCGUGGACCCAAGAAACACCUGAAGAGGCCUAAUGCUCCCAAGCAUUGGAUGUUGGAUAAAUUCUCUGGCAGAUAUGCUCCAAGACCAUCACCUGGUCCUCAUAAGCUCCGUGAGUGCAUCCCUUUAAUGGUGUUCUUAAGGAACAGGCUCAAAUAUGCACUGACUGGUGAUGAGGUAAAGAAAAUUGUUAAACAACGUCUUAUCAAGGUUGAUGGUAAAGUACGUACUGAUACAACCUUCCCUGCUGGGCUAAUGGAUGUUGUUACCAUUGAGAAGACCAGUGAACAGUUUAGAUUGCUUUAUGAUGUUAAAGGACGAUUCUGUGUUCAUCGUAUUACACCUGAAGAAGCAAAGUACAAGUUGGGUAAGGUCAAGAGAGCCCAGCUGGGUCCUAAGGGAAUCCCUUACCUAGUCACACACGAUGGUCGUACCAUUCGUUAUCCUGAUCCACUAAUCAAAGUCAACGAUACUGUCCGUAUUGACAUUGCAACCGGAAAAAUCACCGACUUUGUAAAGUUUGAUGUCGGGAAUCUUGUUAUGGUCGUGGGUGGGCGUAACUUGGGACGUGUGGGCGUCAUCACUAACAGGGAGAGGCAUCACGGGUCCUUUGAUAUCAUUCACAUAAAGGAUGCCAAAGGGAAUACAUUUGCUACUCGUCAGACUAAUGUGUUUGUUAUAGGAAAGAAUAACAAGGCACUCAUCUCUCUACCAAAAGCUAAGGGAAUACGGUUGACUAUUGCAGAGGAGAGGGACCGUCGCCUUCAAGCUAAAGGCAUUUUAUGAAUACUCUCUCCCUCACUACUAACUGCAGUAUUAAUAAUGAAUAAUAUUAUAUUGGCAUUAGUAUUGAAGUGCUUGCAUUUAUGUAUAUUAUGUUGGUGUGGCACUGGUGGUUUAUUUGAGUUAUUAUUAAUCGAAUUUUGAUAUUAAAUUGAUUGAUUCAGUAUUUAAAAAGAUCUGCUGCAUUAUAA